AUGCUCCCACCUUUUUGUAGACUCAGCUUCUGCCUCUGGGGAAGCACUCACAUUAUGAUCGAAUUACAAUGUGCAGGUUUUGUGACCACCACUGAUGCUUGCUGUGGGCUGGGCAAGUAUGGAGGCCUAUUCUAUUCAUGUGUGUUCUUCCACGGAUGGCGUGCUGCGACGCAUCGAGCCAUGUCGGGUGCAAUUCAUCUAACUAACUCCACCUUCCUCCUACGGGUCUGCAGUCAAAAGAGUUGUUCAGUCAUAUGGUAUGUAUACAUAAAUCUGCUUUUCACUCUUCUGCAAUGGGAUUCGGACAUGAUCCAAUCGACCUUCCUCUACUUGUUGAUGGCCUGUACUGUAAAGAAGAGCCCAGCGGAUGGAAGCUGUUGA